AUGACCAAACGAAAAAAAACCAAGGAGCCGAACGCACCUUGCUCUCAAAGAUUAAGACGCCAACAAAACGCCGCCCUCAAUGCAAGUGCUUGGAAUCGACUACGACAAGGGGAUCAACCAGUUGCUCACGAAUCAGACAUCAUUGAGGAUUCUGAUUUGAUGACGAACCCCUACAACCCUACUCAAACUCAAGAUUCCGAUUGGCAGGAUGAAGAAGUCGCGGAUUCUCUGGAUGGGGACGGGGAAGAAGAAGGCAAUGCCAGAUGGGUGACGUUGGACGACGAGGUAGAAGCCGAACAAAUCGAUCCAAGUAUCCACUCAACUCAAGAGCAAUAUCGUCUUCUUGCCAAGGAAUACAACUGGACGAUUUUGACAAAAGAACUACACACCUGGUACCUCACGCUCAAAUUGCACACAAAGAAUUGGUUGGGAUCCAAUGCGUACGAUGAAUAUACCUCUAGCCACUGUGGAUGCUCAGCUCAACAAAAGAAAACUCGACCUAUUGACAUGGUCGAUCUAUAUGGUCAAAAGCGGCAGCCGAUAGAAUUUUGCAAAUGCACACACGACACAGUCCGUUUAUUGUGGCGCGGAUAUCUAGCUGGAUCGCCAUUGAAACCACAAACAGCUUUCUCGCUUCCUCUCCUCAUAUUCCAUAACGCGUUGUGGAACAACUGCCACAUUGGUAUGUUGCCCUUCACCACUGCACUCACCGAGUUCUUGGAGCCUCGUUCCGAGCGGCUAUGUGUUAAGGGGAAAAAUCAUGCCCGAGAUCUGCGAAAGCCUUUCUCAGCGGCAGUAGAUCUAUUCCGGUUGCUUGAAAACAAGACAGACGACUUGAUGGAAUCUACAUUAAACCUGACUGAAAAAGAUAAAUUAGCCGCUCGAUCAUGUCCUUCUUGCUUCGGACCAGAACCGCCUAACAGCUCUGAUUAUCCCGAGUCUAUACGUAACCGGCUAGUUGUUUGUCUGGACGGAAAUUUCCAACACCGACAUCAUACCAAGGCAAGUCGAGAUUACGAAGCUCUUCGCACACCCAACAUUUUUCUCCCCAAUGACGCUGUCGAAAGGAUGACCCGAGAAAUUCGACACAUGGAAACUAUCAACAAACCUCCCAGCCAGUCCAAUCGAUGUGCAGAUGCACACAAGGCUGCUGACGAUAAGAGGAAUGAAUCCACUUGGAAGGGAUGUGACGACACCGGCCUCAUGGGAUGCUGCUGUCGACAUGAUGCAGCCAUCUCCAUGGCGAACAUUUACAAGUCUGGCGAGCUUAGGGCGCUUCCACUAGCUUUACUCAAGGCAUUACUCACACUGGAUCCUGAUCGACCUGUCGGAGUUCUUUACGACAUUGGAUGCUCACUUAAGAAAUACAUUCAAAAUCGAGGUCUUUUGCCGGAACUUAUGAAGAACACGACUUUUGGGACAUCAAUAUUUCACGCAUAUGUCCACAACUGGACUUGUCAAUUGGAUUACAAUCCUCGCCUCAACAACGGGUGGGGCUUGUCCGACGGAGAAGGUUUGGAGCGAAUGUGGUCGUAUCUAUCGCCACUUGUGAGUCCUUUGAGGUAUGCAAGUCGUAAUCACCGAUUGACGGCGAUCGCGCAUCGGUUGAGGCAUCAUAACACAAAGGGCAUCCGACAACUACCCCAAUGGCUCAGUCGAAAGUUUAAACUCGCAACGAAACGAAGCCGGGAGACCCAAGCCGAACUCUCACAACUACUAUCUUCUCAAAACCCAUUCAAGAGCCCCGGACGUAACUACACAACCAAAUAUUUCAAGGCGCAAUGGAAUCAUCAACAAACGUUCCGAGCAGAUCACAUGGACGAAAAGCAGGAACAGAGGGACAAACUCAUCAAGAUUUACGAACAUCAGAUAACGAUUGAUGAGCUAAGGCAAGAAUGUAGAGAGAGCUUGCUCGAUCCCGAACUGGAUCUCUUAUCCGAAAAAGAAGUAAAAAAAAUUGUCAAAAAGAUCGAAAAUGUUUCAAAGAAGCUCAUCAAAGACGCAAAGGAAGCCGAGGCCAUGGGUUUGGGUUUACCUUCUGGUGAAGAGAACUGUGACAAGCAGAGGCUGCUCCUGCUACUCUGGAAUUCGAAGAACGCACUAUAUAUGCAAGCAGUCCAACUCCAUGCAGAGCGCCAGCCGCUCCUGGAUGCAAAGCGGCUUGGCACACCUUUAGGAACCGAGCUGAAAGAAAAAAUUCUCAAGGCUAUCGGAAAUUGUCGCCCAGCGGUUCAAAGACUCAUUGACAAGCGUAACAAACUAUUUUCCGAAUACUUGUCGAAAUUUCCGGAUCAGAAAUCGACUAACUCGGCAUUAUAUCCUCUCAACUACGAUGAGUUCUCUUCAUGGCCGCUGGAUCACCAAUUUUGGAACGAUGGGCUUUAUUUUCAGUCAUCGGCUCCCUGGGCUAUUGAGCCCAAUGUGCGAUUGGGAAUAAACUGUGUUCUCAUCUUGAACAGGGUCCAAGAAGAGUUUCAGUUACUUGCUCAAGAACUGGCAAGGGCAGUAGGAUGGGCAAUUGAUUACUAUGAUCGCAUCAAGAAAACAGUAUCCGAGCUGGGAAAGCGUAUCGACCUACUUAGAAUUCAGCCGGAAGAUGUUGAAUUAGAUCGGUUUGAUGACUUGGUCCUAUAUGGGUUGAGUCGCAGAAACAAGCUUAGGUUAAUUCGGAAAGAACUACGACAUCGACAGUUACGCCACACGGUGCUAGUUGAAGAGUGGAAUCCACAUGUUUUAUGGCUUGCUCAACAUUGCCAGCCUAGUGAACACCGAAAGUCGAUGCUCCGCGAUUGGGAUAACAUGAAAAAAGAUAUGGAAUUAGAUAAAGCAAGUGGGUUUGUAAAGCAACCUGAAGUAGACACUCAACUGGAGGAGGCAGUACUUGGGGAGGGAGCUGAUGAUGGCGAGGAUGUAGAUGAGAAUGUGAUUUCUGGAGCACAUCAAGAGGAAAACAUUGACGACGCCGCAGGGGGGGCAGACAUUGACGAUGAGAUUGAAAAUGGUGGUGAUGAUAUUCCAGUUUCUUAA